AUAUACUCAAAAUCAUCUAUUAUCUAGAAAACAAUUUCCAAAGUUUAUAAAACAAAAUUGUUUGUAGAGAAAGUUACCUUGGAAUACUUUAUCCCACUUCCCUUCAUUUAAUAUGGCCGAGAAGCGUAAACUCCUUCAGCGGUACAUGCAGUGCCUGAACGAGAUGCAGGACGAGCUCCGGCGGAAGGAACUGGCCAAGAAAAUGGAGACGCUCGAGAAGCUGCAGUGCGAACUGGCCCGUCGCCAGGAACAGAGGGUCGCCCAGGGCGGUGGUCAAAUGGGCAAGUCAGAGCGUCGCCAGUACCUCAAGGAUAAACUCAAGUCCUACCAAAAGACCUUGAAAGGAUUGCUCUGCGAAUUGGCUCGUCGGGAGGCCUUUGCUAACGGAGAGCGGGGUCGGGUUAGCGAAUCCGACAAUCUCCCCCAUCCGCUGAAGCUAGACGAGUUUACAGUGGCCUUUCGCUAUGUGGGUGAAGAUGGGCGCGAACUGUUAAUGGCCGCCCUUGCCGCCCGGAGGUGCGCCUAUGUACCCUACAGCAAAUUCAAGGUGGGAGCCGCCUUCCGGGCCAAAUGCGGUCAAAUCUACUCGGGUUGCAACAUCGAGAACGCGGCCUUUACGCCCGGAAACUGUGCGGAGCGGUGUGCUCUGGCCAAGGGCGUUAGCGAGGGCGAGAAACGGUACACGGCAGGUGCCGUGGUGGCCUAUCAUCCGGAUGGUUUCACCACACCCUGCGGCGUAUGCCGACAAUUUAUCCGGGAAUUUGCAACGAGGGACUUUCCCAUUUACAUUGCCAAGGCACCGCCACCAGAACAGGAGGGCUGCAUUCCAGCCAUCGAUGACGACGAAGAGGUGCUGGUGACAUCUGCCUACAAUCUUCUGCCCCAUAGCUUCAGUGCAUACGAGUGACACAGCAACUUGUGUACCGGUUAAGGACUUUCCUCUACUAAAUUUGGGAUAAAAUCCAAUCAGUCCACCUGACCUUAAAUUAUUUUUAUAAAUUAUGAAUAUCUCAAUAAAUCCAUGAUCCGCAA